AUGAAAUUGACUAAGCAUUUGAGGCCAUUGUACGUGAAGGCUUUAGUCAAUGGUAUACCUGUGGCGAAAGUGCUCAUUGAUAAUGGAACAGCUAUAAAUAUCAUCCCUUCUAGGAUGAUGAUGAAAUUUGCAAAGACAGAAAGCGAUAUGAUCCCAACGGAAGUUAUUCAAACAAGCUUUAACGGAGGAGCAACUUCGGCUAAAGGGGUAAUGUCACUGGACAUAACCGUGGGGACAACUACUAGGACCACAACCUUCUUUGUAAUAGAUAGUCCUACUAGUUACAAUGUGCUACUAGGAAGGGACUGGAUCCACGGAAUUCAUUGCAUACCUUCAACGCUCGACCAAUGCUUGGUUUUCUAG